AUGGUGUUGGCAGACGCGUUGGCUCCCGCGAAGCACCCGAUGCCGGUCGGCUGCAUGUUCCUGAAGGACUACGUGCUCACGGUGGGGUUCAAGGACCGCGAGGGCACGCUGGGGCAGUUCUCGGUGGACCCGGAGGACCCGAACAAGUGCGCGUGGCAGCACACGCAGCCGUGCGGGGCGCCCGUGUGCAGCGUGCUCGUCGUGGAGCCGUUCCUGUUCGUCGGGCUCGACAACGGCGUGAUCAGGGUCAUCAACACGACGAACGGCAACAUACAGGACCUCCCGGAGGGCCACGAGGGCAAGCAGGUCACGGCGCUGUGCACGUACAACAGCGUGCUCAUUUCCGCGGGGGCGCGCGGGGCGAUCGCGUCGUGGCAGUUCGACGCGGCCACGGGGCAGUUCAGUCCGCUCAAGCUCAUCAAGGACCCCGCCCUCAUACCGGGCGGGGUGCUUCGGAUGCAGGUCUACGAGCAUUAUCUGUUUGCGGGGUUGGGCAACGGCAACCUGCAAGUGUACGACUUCAGCGCGGACGCCGUGGGGCGCCAGGAGGUUAAGGCGCACGAUGAAGCGAUCAGCGGGCUCGGCGUCACACAGUUGGGCCCGAUCACGUGCUGCACGGACGGCUACGUGCGCGCUUGGCCUCCGAGCCAGGAUCCCAGCCAGCCCGUUGUCGCCGCCGUCCCUGGGCAGCAGGAGCCCUCGGGCCGGCCGAACAACAUGUCGCCCUGCUGGGACCUGGUCGCCACGCGCGACGCGGCGGGCGCGGAGGUCGCCCUGGUGAUCUAUGAGGCGACGACGCCAAAACUGUGGGGCAUUCCCGUUCCAGGUCAGACGACCGACGUCCGGGACGGCCGGCUGGGCCGCCGGGGCGCGAUCAAGGGGCUGCACGACGCGCGGUGCGCGUGCGCGGACAGAGAUGCGGGCAUGUUUGCCAUUGGAUCUAAAAGUGGGAAUGUGCGAAUCUACAUGUGGCUCGGCGGAGGACAGGCGCCCGCAGAGGCCUACGCGGGCCCAGCGGGGAUGGCAGCGGGCGCAGGAUACUGA